AGCCCCGCCCCGCCCUGGCGCAGGCCGCCCGCGGGGCCAUGGCGGCGGCGGCAGCGGAGCGCGGCCUGGCCUUCCUGCGGCAGCAGCACGCCGAGAUGCUGGCGGAGCUGCACGAGGAGAUCGAGUACCUCAAGCGGGAAAACAGAGAUCUCCAUUAUAAGCUCAUAAUGAAUCAGAGCGCGCAGCCCCGAGAUAAUACAGCUUCUACCUCAACUUCUGCAAAAACCAGUUCAAGGCACUGUUCAGCAUGUAAGACUGCUAAAAAUGCAAGAUUUACCUGUGGGGUAGUGGAAAUGUCAGAAAUGGGUAACUCUACAGCUUCUCAGCAUUCACUAAAACAGAGACUACGAAAAAAAAAAUCCAGGAAGCAUGAACAAAGUGCAGAAGAAUGUGUGGUUCAGGUAGCGCCCGGAAAAUCAGAGCUACGCAGUCAAUGUAUGGAAAAGUUAACUGAGGAAGUUCCUCCCAGGACAACUCAAAUACCAGCAGCCUCUUCAAGUUCCUUCCUGGUAAAUGCCCUUCCUUCCUGGGGCUUGAAGCCACCAACACUGGGAGAGUGUCAGGUAGUCAUUCGCCAGCUCUGGAGCAUCAAUCAGAUGCAGGCCCAGCAGAUAGUGUAUCUGAAAUCAUGUUUGGAAAAUAUCCACAAGACCAAAAGGAUUUCCGGAGACUACUUAAUCACCAGUCAAAUUGGGAAUCCAGAAGUCACACGCUUGCCCAAACUGUCACACAAGGAUGCACCUAGAAAAUGUUUGAUGGCUGCUCCAGUGCCUAUUACAGAAAAGACAAUUUUGCCACCACUGAAACAAACGCUGGGGAACAGUUUUGUUGAGAGACAGAAGAGAACUCAGGCUAUUCAACGAAGCCGCCUUCAUCGAACUGCGCUUUAAUUCAACAUUCUUCAUCUUGUUUCCUUAUGACUGCUUUGAGAGUUCACACCACACUUUCAUGAUAGAUUCUUCAGCUGCUAUUACCACCUCAUUUCAAGUAAAACUUGAUUAUGAAUUCA